AUGCUAAGACAAGGUAAGGGGGACAAAUGAAAUGGCUCAGAGUGCCCUAUUGUUUUGACAUUUUGGAAAAUGAAAACUUUGCUUUGGAACCUUUUUGUAAAAGGACAACCGGGUUAUCUGGCUACACAUCAGUGCACAACUAUUGUUUCCUGUUUUGUGAAGAAGAAGAGAGCAUCCAGUUCUGUGCAUGUUUAUUUAGAAGCAGUUCAGUGAGGGGUUGGUCCCAAGAAAAUUUGCAUACAGGGUCACAACAGGAUAUCUAUCUACCCUCUCUCCAUGUCCCCCCCUCCCUGUCACACAAACAAACAAACACACACGCACACGUCUCAGAUCUUGAAUAAAAAUAUAACAAGAAGCUGCAAAAGCUUCCUUACAGAACCACAUUCAUAUACACAAACUCUUGUAAAUACAUGAGACCCAAACCAUCUCGGACUUUAAAUAGUAGCAUUAGGACCGUGAAUUGGGCCAGGUAGCUUACAGGCAGUCAGUGAAGCACUUUCAGGAUUGGUGUUCCAUGAUCCCAUUUUGUUGUUCUGCUCAAUAGCCAGUGGCUGCAUUCUAGCUGUAGCUUCAUUUUCAAGUGCAACCCUACAUAAAAUGAAUUGCAAUACUUCAGCCAUGACUUUUUGCUGGGUGAAGGCCUCUAAUUCCUUGUUAAAUAAUUCCUUUAUCCUGACACCUCUUGUUGAAAGCUUUUUGGAGUGUGACCAUCUUAAACAUUAACUUAAACCAAUAAUUAUAUUUUCUGUUACCAUUGCUACUCCCUGUUUUCUUUCUCGCUGAUUUCUAUUCUUACAGAAGUUUCUGCUGACAUCUAUGCCUUGCCAGAGGUAUAACACCAUCCAUUCAGAACCAUCUAAAGAGGGAGGAGCUUAGAACCCAGUGUUGGCAUUGUGGUUAUGAACUUCCAUAGAAGGCUUCUGAAGAGCUUGUUAGGCUAGGCCCCCAACUAUAGACGAUCUCUUCUGCCCAGCAGGAGGAAACCUUGACUGUUGCAUCCCCCUCCUCAUUCUUCCUUUUGUUGUGAAUGAGAAUUGCCUUAAAGUUUCACAACUGUGCUGAUACUGUUGUACUGCAGUUUGAAGAAACAAGGAUUCAUCUGUAAUUGUGGAAACACAAACAAGGCAUCCUCUCCUUCAAAUUCCACCAUGAAAAUUCCAGGCUUCAUUGGAAGACUCGUCGUUAUAAAUCUCCUGAAGAACACCAUGUUUCUAAGCUAUGUAGCAGCCAGGAAUAAUUGUUAUAGCUGUUGAUUUAACUUCUCCCACCCAAACCAAGAUUGUUAUGAAUCCAGCGUUAGGAAAGGUUAGGCUAUGCUCCCCGCUGCUGCAUAACUCUGAAAAAAGUCUGUGUAGAAGUCCAGAUUUUAGAGCAGGCAAAAGCCAUUUCCUUGAGUAGUGGAUCCACGUUAGGAUCCAAGUGAAUCCACAGUGGGAAAAAUGAAAACACCCAUGGAUUUCAGUGUAAGGAUGCUUCAAUGUAGUCUUAUAAGCAGUCCCUAGAAGUGAAUCCUCUGCAGUUCUGCCAAGUAGGAAUUAGAUAGAGUGAAUCUUUUUUAGAGUUUAAGAAACCUCACUAAAGGCUACAUUUUGAAUGUGGUUCGCAAAGUACUGGUACAUGAAGUCAGUGCUCAGUUAAGCAGUGCCUUGUCGGCAUACUCUUGUCAUUGGAAGUUGCCUAUUCCCCAGAAGUUAGACCAGCCAUGAGAUUCACUUUGUACAUUAUGUUUUUCUCUGGGUAUUCAGAUGCACAUAUGACCUGGCAUAUGCAGAACCCUAAAAAAUGUUAUGCAUGAAUCAGCCCUAAAUGUGUUUGAAUGUUUUUCCUCCCCUCCCAAAGCAUAGACUUUGAUUCAAUUUCAAAAGCUUUUAAAUGUGCCUUAUUUAAAACUGACUGUGAACUUGUAUGUUUGCUGACACUCCUUGGUGCAGCAGAAGCUGGUUAAAAUGAGAAAGUGGAAAAAAGGAACUUGAAAAUUGUUGGGUUUAAAAAGAAAGACUCCAGUUGCAAAUGCCAAGCAUUGAAAGCCUUAUAAAUAUGAUGCCAUAGACAGGCAGCAGGUAGACACCAGGGUAGUAUUUUUUUCAGAUCAGAUUACUUAGAAUUCAUAAGUUGCUGAAAAUGAAAUUGGGAAGCAGGAGUGAUGACAUUUUGUGCCUUUCCCACUUGCUUUUUCUACUUUAAUCAAAUUAUAUUGUAAAUUGGAGGAAGAGGGAUACAUUAUCUCUGCCCAGCAGCCCAUGUGUUGGAAGAGGCUUCAGCAAAAUGCUUAGCCGUGUUUGAGGAACAUCCGCAGAACAUGGGGUGAUAACAAUUUAGCCAGCCUUGGGUUUUAUGAUUACUUUUUCUCUUCUAAAGGUGUUUGUAACAAAUAGGCUGUUAUUUGCUUUUGAAAUGUGACAGCCUGUUUCCUGGCUCCUUAGCCGCCAGAUGUCCAAUUUCAGUAUGCAAACUGCUUUCUAACUAUGUAUGUUAUUUUCUUUGAGAGACCUCAGUGGCCUUUAUUUAUCAUGAAGCACAAAAUCUGGUCCUUUUGAAAAAGGCAGAGAUUGUUGCCAACCCUACCCCCACCUCAUAAACCCCGCUUCAUACAAAUAUGAUGUUCUGCUGUCUCAUUCUUGUGGUUUGUUCCUUACAAUGUGAUGGGGAAAGUAGGUAGAUUUGCUUUAUGUGGCAUUUAUAAAUAUAUGAACUGGGAUCGAGAGGGCUUCUUUAGACGUGCCCAAAAGCUUGUGUGCAUCCACUGUGGGGUUUGUUUGUUUUUUAAUUCAUUUGAACACCUGAAACUCCAUGCCAAAUCCCAAGCUGCAUUUGAAACUCAUCACUCUCAUGUGCAGUUUGCCAUUCAGCACGUCAUGACUGCAGUUUAGUGUACAGAACUGUUUGGGUAGUUCUUUGGAUCCUAACAAUAUGUGUUGUAUGUAGAUCCGGAGGGCUUGUGCAAACAUGGUUAUCCCUUGGUCCCUACAACCUGUAGUAACUGCUGUGUUUACAUACAGGUAGCCACAGGACUACCUCCAAGAAGUAAUGAUAAGCAAUUCAGUAGAGCACAAACGGGUUAUGUUUGAUAAUGUAGCUCCCAAGCACUUUCAUAUUCCCUGCCGUAUCUUUCUAGAGUCCCGAGACCCCCAGCCUUCCGUGUUUUUAAAAUGGCAAUUUCCUAGCCCUCAUUGUUCCAAAGAUGAGCUUGAGCGCGACAAACUUUUAAAAUGCACAAACAUCAUGCCUCAAAUCCAGAGCCCCGUGUGAGCUCAGGUGCACAAAUGAUGGAGACUUUUCAUUUGUUUCAAUGGAAGGGACUCUGUGUACAUGCAUUCGUAAGCUGUCCUCUCUUUUAAAGUGAGUGGAAAGGUCUUGUUGGUAAGGGAGCUGCAUGUGUGCAGCAUAGUGCUGGCAUCCUCAAAGAACCGAUGGAUCAGAACAAAUGUAUGCACAAGCCUGCUCGGUUUUUUGUUUCCCAGCGCGAGCAAGAACAGGUUUACCUCAAGUUUGCAUGCCUUCAAAAGUAGGUGUCUGUUGUUUAAUUUUUCAGGUCUUACAAAAACGGAAAAUGUUGUCACCACCAACAACACACCUUAAUCACAAGUUUUUUUUAAAAAAUAAAAAAGUGUAUGGCAAUUUGUAUAAUAUCGUCCAGGAGUUUUCAUCAGUUGUUCUGCUGGAUUAUGUGCAAUAA